CAAACUUUUUUACACGUGAGUUUUAUUCAGUGUAUUCAAAGUUUCAGAAGAGAAUAAGAAUGCAAAAAUACAGACCAAGAGGGUUAUUAUUCCAACAGAGUCAUUGUUGUCAAGUAAGCUAUACAAACGGCAACGAAAUCAAAGAAUCCUUCCUUGUUCAAAAAUUUGAGAAGUUUUCACAACUACUGAGGAACGUUGGGAAUUUAUUCAUCCAUAUUUGGAAAUGCUAAUUCGAUUCCAGGUCCAACGCGUUAACGAGCGUCGAAAUGGCGGCUUCAGCGCAAGUCAGUGGAAGGCCACCUUCUGCAUCGCCAAAUAGUUCAUCUAUGGAACUUUUAAAUGUGCUGAGAGGGUUAGCAUCCUGCUCUAAGGGUUGCUUAACUUAUGACUCUGAUUGGAAGCCGACUAAACAAAAUUUGGACGAAUGUUCAAAACCACCUUUGUUGCCCUCAAAUUUGUCGACUGUUUCACCGUCUUCCAUUUCUGUUGGAGCAAAAACCAGUUAUAUUUUAUCGCCAAAUGCCGCAGAAGAGAAAUCAAGAGAUAAAACAAGGCACAGUGAUGAUUUUUCUAUCAGCAGUUUCGCUUCAAGCGUGGAAAGUGACUUAGAAUGCGAGAGAAGUGAACGUUUAAAAAAUGAUGAGUUACAUGUACUUGAAAAAGAACUUCAAGCAAACUUCGACAGUACACAUGUCGCUAUUCAUCAGUACGAAAUAGAAAAGAAGCAUCAAGCAGGAGAAAGGCUGAAUUCUAGAAAAGAGAAAUUUUCGGAGAAUUCAAAAAAACUUCUCGAUGCGAAAAAUCAGUAUUUGAGACAGAAGGAAAAUGAGAGGGUGGAUGAGGUUAUCAAAUCAGUGCAGGCAUUACAGGAAGAUGAACAAAGGAAAAGUGAAGAGGCCAGACUGCGUCAACAGAAACUUGAGCAAUCUCACAGAGAGUUUAAAGAAAGAGCAGCUAGGAAAGUCAAAGAAGUAGAGGAAUUACGGUUAAGAGUGCUUAGGCAAGAACAGCAGAUAAAGAAAGAAUUAAAGAACCUUGAAGUUUCUUGGAACAGCGUUAAAGAAACCGCUGUCAAAAUUCAACAAACAUUCCAAGGUUGUAAAUUUCAGUCAUUGUUACCACCAUCCGUGUCAGAAAUACAGAGAGAAGUGAACAAAGUAUUAGAAGUUACUCAAAACAGUCUUGAUAGUGCUCAUGAAAACGGUCAAGCAACUGAGAUGAAUGUGAAAAUAAUUCAGGACUGUACUGUCCUGAUUCAAAGCUUAUUGCAAAAAGCAAAAACCCUUGUUCAUGAGGCCAAUAGCAAGGCUGCUAAGGAAGAAGCUGAACGCCAGGCUAAAGAAGAAGCAAAAGCUAAAGAAGAAGAAGAAAAGAGACAGCAAGCCUUGAAAGCUUCCAAAGAGAAACAAAGCAACCAGCCAUCAACAGUAACAAGUCAAACUUCAGAUUCCAAGGGACAAUCAAAGCCAGGAAUCUCAAAAGAGCUUUCUUCUUGUAUCUCAGCUGUAGCAUGGAAGGAGUAUUCAAGGUUAGCAUCUUACAAAACUCAGAUUGUUGAGUCUGCUGAGCAGCUGAACACAGACAAAUCAUUGAAGCAGUAUAAAUUUGACCUUCACAAGGCUGUUACUACACCCAUCAAUGCCAUUUCUGACCAGUCACCUAGUCAUCUGCUGGACAAGAUUCAGCGCUUGACCAAACUACUGUCUGGGCAAUCUGUACAAGUUGGAGGAAAACAGAUCUCAAUUUCCAAGCAUUCAGCAGCUAAGCCUUUCUGUAAAGAGCUUCUUGCAAGGAAACUGGUGCAGCAGGGUUCACAACAAGUUUCGUCCAGUCAAAGUUCAGCUUUUCCCAUUGCUGCAGUUAUCACAGGCAUGUGGUCAAGUUUUCCUGAUGUUGGCGAUCUCAUUCUGGCACAAUUCUAUGACCAGUGCCCAUUCCUAGUGCCAUUUUACAUCCCAAGAGCGGCUGAACUGACAGAUGCAGAGUACUUUGCAUCACUUGGUUAUCAGUGUUCAGAGGGAGAGAUUGAAGAGCAGGAUAAGUUCCUUAAGCGCAUGACUGGACUUGUGCGACUGUAUGCAGCUGUUAUCUCUUCCAUACCACCAAGUGGACAAUCAAACCAACACCCUUAUGGACUUAGUAAUGGGUGGACAUGGCUGUCGAGAAUGUUGAACUUAGAGCCAAGACCUGAUUACACUGCUACAGCUCUUUAUGAAUUCCUAGCUGUUGCGGGACAUGCACUGAUGAGGAAGUAUAAAAAACAAUUUGGAAAGUUGCUCAACACGCUAGUGUUAGACUAUGUACCCAAGAUAGAGAAAGUGACAGACAAGGCACAGAGUGGACCUGUUGUGAGAUUGAAGGUGUUUUUAGAAGCAUGUAUCAAAGAUCAGAAGAUUCCUGUGCCUGAUGGCUAUCUUGCUCCACAUUGGUGGCGUUCUUCCAGCUUUUAAAGCCAUGUCUUGAAAGUGCUUUCUUGAAGAACAAUAUUUGAAUAAAAAUUAUGUAGCUCCCAUGCUUAGGCUCAGUGAAGGACCAGUGUUCAAUGCAGAUGCUGAUUUGGAUCACUGUGCAAUCAUUGUGCAAUCUUUUGCUUUUUCACAGUCAGCCAAAACUACACUGACAUACUCUCAUCUCAGCCUUGAUCAUUAUUUCAGACUUGUCCACAACUACUUGAAGUAUGUUUUCAUUGCAUGGGGUAUGCGUUGGAGCAUGUUCUGCGUUAUGUAGGUUGCAUUCAGUCAGACUUGGUAGUGUUCAAAUGGAGAACACAAGAGACAAUGGGCAUGCAAAAUUUGCCUUUUGCCCUAUCAAUAUACGAACACCAGGAAGAUGAGUGAAAGUCAAGGGACUGGUUGUAGUCUUCAAAUAUUGUGCAUAACUCCAUGUGUCUCAUCUAGUGAGUUGGUCAUCUAUUGAAAUCUUUGCAUUAAAGACUACCAAUAAUCAGAGGCUUUUAAAACUGCUUAAUAACCGUAGGAAAUGCCAUUGGAGUCAAUCUUAGUAUCAAACUAGUGCAAAUCUAAGUAUAAAAUAAUUUACUUGAUGACUGAUGAGUUUCCUUAAGUUUUGAAUAAAGAUACCAAUAUUUUUUCUUGAAUUGUCUAGAAGUAUUUCAACUAGGAAACAGAGACAGGGCUUGAAAAAAACUUGAAUUCCAGGUUUCCCUUAGGACAUUCAAGUAUCUCUCAAAUAUUGCUUGCUCUCGUUAAGUCUUAGUUUGUUCUUUUAAGGUGAUUUCCUAGUAAAAGAACCCGCCAUAGAUUUGCGAUGAAACUUGGUAUGCUGUUGUUACAGGACAAGGAGAUAUUAGAAACGCAGUAAAAGGAGGGGGUCACCCGGCGUGCUUGUUUUCACGCCUCAAUGCUGACAAAUUCGGUUAUUUAGGUGACUUUUGGUAAUCUCCGUGCACAACAAAUCAGUUUGAUUAGUUUUCAAUGCAGCAUGUUAUAUCACACAGAGUUUGACUUUCUUUGAUUGUUUAUUCAUCUACGUCUCAGAAAAAAUGUCUUCAA